AUGACUGAAAGUGUACCCACCAAAAGAAUUAUCGCACAAGAAGCUCAAGCUAAAAGAUUUAGAACAAGCUUAAACUCAUUCAAACAAAAUGUAGAUGCAAUAGAGACCAAAAUUAGCUUCCAAAAAAUUAAUUUUCUUGAGCUUUCUGAACACUCCCUUUUACAAAUUGUGCAAGAUACUAAAAACCUCAAAUCUGCUUUAAACUCUAUCAGUAGUGCCAAUUCAGAAUUUUUUGAGAGUGCAACAAAAUUUACUACAAAAUCAUUAGAUAGUUACAAAGAAUCUCUUCCUAUCAAUAAAUUAGCUGAAGAACUCCAAAAGAAAUAUGACGUUGAAUACUCUCAUAGGAUGAGUCUGCAAAAUAAAAUUAAUAAAAUUCAAAGCGAAAUCUAUGAAACUACCCAAAACUUUGAAAAAAUAAAAUCACAGACUGGUGAAAGAAAAGCCACACUCAGGGCUGAACUGAAAAGGCUAACUCCUCGUGAGUAAACAAAAAAGUUUUGCUCACUCAUAGAAGGGUAAAAUUUUUUCGAAAUCCCAUUUUUGUAAAAAUUGAGAGAGUAAAAAUUUAAUUUAAUUUUCAAAAUUUAUGUUUUAAAAUGUAGGCUGUUCAAAAUUCAACAGAAUUAACUAGAGAUUUCUUUAUACUAAUUAUUAAUUAUAUACCGAAAUAUUUUUUUCAUAAAAAAUUGUUUUGUUCGUUCUUUACCCAAAAAUGGGGAUUUUUCCAAUGGCUUUAUUCGCUCACAGAGGGGAGUAAGUAGAGAUAAAGAAAGUCAAGAAAAAGAGCUGAAACGAGAAAUUGAGACAGGGCAAAAAAUCAUUGAGUUUUACAAAACUCUGAGUGCAGUUGAGAUUUCAGAAGAAGGACAAGGCAAAUUCAAGGUAAAAGUAAGAUGGAUGCAAGAGGAAUUCUCCUUUCUAUUAAUUGAAGAAGAUGACACCUUUUGAUAUGAGCUGAUUGGCUGCACCGUCCACUACGAUAAGAUCCCUGAGCUUCUCAAAACUGAAAUAAACAUUGACAAAAAAGACGCCCCUAUCCUUCUUAAUCGGAUUUUAAACGUUUUGAACUAA